GCGCCCAGCCGGCUCUCAGUUUCAAUGUCAAGGGGAGCCCUGAAGAGCCAGGUUCUCUGCAUCUCUCUGCUCUGGCAUUUUCUGCAGGGCACAGUGGCUGCCUCUGUCUGGGUAUCUCAUCCAACAGGACACAUGCAGGAAGCAUCUCUUCCUUGGUCCAUUUUUAUCAGCAAUGAAACCUUUCCAAGAAUUCCCCCAGCUCACCCCUUCUCGUGUUUUUGAUCAGCAUUUGCUCGCAUGUCCACCCCUAAGCCAAUCGUAGUGAGAGGAACUGUAUUACCAAGAUGGCUGAGAAUAAUCAGGAUUUCUUCCAGAUGGGGGAAUGAGGUCCCCCUCUUUGAGCAUCUGUGGCUGCCAGGAAGCAGAUAGACCCUCUGCCGUCAAGAAAGAAGGGGUGAGAAAGAAUGAAUUUCGGAAAGGCAACCAAUGGGCCUCUGCUAAAAUUACUCAACUCUGCCACUGUAGCCUGGACACAGCCAUAAACUAUAUGAAUAGGCUGAAUCCUAUUCCAACGUGUGGAUGGGCCCCAGCUUAUUACCCACCACCCGUCAGCGGACACUCGGGUUGCUCCCACCGUUGGGCCAUCGUGAACAGCGCUGCAAUGAACGCGGUGGCCAGAUUCCUGUUCAAGUCCCCAGUUUCAUUUCUUUUAUAUCCAGAAGUGAGAUUGAUGCAUCACAUGCUGCUCUCCCUGCCACCGGAAGUGACUCCCCUCAGCAAGGCCAAGGUGGCUCACGUGUCCCAGCACCCUUUCAUCUCUGCCCUUCUCUCUCGAGUGACAGCAUGGCGUGACAUGAGGGCUCUCCAGCCAUGGCCUUGCAGCCCUCUUGGAACGUGCGCAUCGACCCCAGUAGCCUGUCCUUCAACAUGUGGAAGGAGAUCCCCAUCCCCUUCUAUCUCUCCGUCUACUUCUUUGACGUCAUGAACCCCAACGAGAUCCUGAAGGGCGAGAAGCCGCAGGUGCGGGAGCGCGGGCCCUACGUGUACAGGGAGUUCAGGCACAAGACCAACAUCACUUUCAACAACAACGACACCGUGUCCUUCCUCGAGUACCGCACCUUCCAGUUCCAGCCCUCCAAGUCCCACGGCUCGGAGAGCGACUACAUCGUCAUGCCCAACAUCCUGGUCUUGGCUGCGGCAGUGAUGAUGGAGAAUAAGCCCAUGACCCUGAAGCUCAUCAUGACCUUGGCAUUCACCACCCUUGGCGAACGUGCUUUCAUGAACCGCACUGUGGGCGAGAUCAUGUGGGGCUACAAGGACCCUCUUGUGAACCUCAUCAACAAGUACUUUCCAGGCAUGUUCCCCUUCAAGGACGAGUUCGGAUUAUUUGCCGAGCUCAACAACUCCGACUCUGGGCUCUUCACGGUGUUCACGGGGGUCCAGAACAUCAGCAGGAUCCACCUUGUGGACAAGUGGAACGGGCUGAGCAAGGUUGACUUCUGGCAUUCCGAUCAAUGCAACAUGAUCAAUGGAACUUCUGGGCAAAUGUGGCCGCCCUUCAUGACUCCUGAGUCCUCGCUGGAGUUCUACAGUCCUGAGGCCUGCCGAUCCAUGAAGCUAAUGUACAAGGAGUCAGGGGUGUUUGAAGGCAUCCCCACCUAUCGCUUCGUGGCUCCCAAAACCCUGUUUGCCAACGGAUCCAUCUACCCUCCCAACGAAGGCUUCUGCCCGUGCCUGGAGUCUGGAAUUCAGAAUGUCAGCACCUGCAGGUUCAGUGCCCCCUUGUUUCUCUCCCAUCCUCACUUCCUCAACGCCGACCCGGUUCUGGCAGAAGCGGUGACUGGCCUGCACCCUAACCAGGAGGCACACUCCUUGUUCCUGGACAUCCACCCGGUCACGGGAAUCCCCAUGAACUGCUCUGUGAAACUGCAGCUGAGCCUCUACAUGAAAUCUGUCGCAGGCAUUGGACAAACUGGGAAGAUUGAGCCGGUGGUCCUGCCGCUGCUCUGGUUUGCAGAGAGCGGGGCCAUGGAGGGGGAGACACUUCACACAUUCUACACCCAGCUGGUGUUGAUGCCCAAGGUGAUGCACUAUGCCCAGUACGUCCUCCUGGCGCUGGGCUGCGUCCUGCUGCUGGUCCCUGUCAUCUGCCAAAUCCGGAGCCAAGUAGGUGCUGGCCAGAGGGUGGCCCGGGCUGACAGCCAUUCGCUUGCCUGCUGGGGGAAAGGGGCCUCAGAUCGGACCAUCUGGCCAACCGCAGCCUGGAGCCCACCUCCAGCAGCAGUCCUGCGUCUCUGCCGGAGUGGGAGUGGCCACUGCUGGGGGCUGUGCCGCACGCUUGCGUCUUUUGCAUGCCGCGUUGCCACUACUCUGCCUGUUCUGGAAGGCCUGGGACCCUCCCUUGGAGGGGGUGCAGGUGGGCUUUGAGUAAUGAGACCUGGUACUUGCAUCAUUCAUUCAUCAAGUCAGCACCCGGGGAUGCCAGGUUCUGUUAGGGGCGAGGGGACGUACAGCAGUGGAGGAGACAGCUGAGGUCUCUGCUCAGGGGGAUUGAGGGGGGCUGGUAUUCCAGCCGGGGAGACAGAUGAAAACCAAGUAAAUCAGCAGAAAAGAUAAUUUCACUCAUUAUAGGAGAUAUGAGGGGUUAGAGCCAAAUAGAAAUACAGCGUGAGCUACGUGUGAGGUUUUCAGUUUAAAUUUUCUAAUAGCCACUUAACAGUCAAAGGAAACAGGUGGAAUUAAUUUUAAUGUUAUUUAACCCAAAUAUAUGCAAAGUAUUAUCACUUCAACAUGUAAUCAGUAUAAACGGUGUCAAUAUUUUUGCAGUGUUUUUGCAUGAAGUCUUUGAAAUCCUGUGUGUACGAUACAUGUGCAUCAGGUCUCGUUUUGGACUGGCCCCGUUUCGAGAGCUCACCAGCUGAAUGCAGCUUCCAGACUGGACAGUGCAUGUCUGGGGCAAGUGGGGACAAGGACAGAUGGAGCUUCAGGAAGGCCUCUCUGAAGAGGUAGAUAGUGAGCUUUGAUGUGGAGGCCAGGGAGGCACUCAGCCCACAGCCACAUGAGGAAUGCUGCCUGGAGCGGCCACUGCAAAGGCCCUGCGGCAGGGACAGGCAAGGUACAUCGGAGGGUCAGGCAGGGCCAGGGUGGCUGGAGGGGAGUGAGGGUAGGGACAGAGAUAGGAGGUGGUGUCUGAGAGUGGACGGGGCAGGCCGCCCAGGGCCUCGUGGUGCAGAGUGAGCAGUUUGGAACUGAUUCUGGGAGUGACAGAGCCGUUGGAGGCUUUUAAAGAGGGGAAUCACUAGGUCAGCUGCUGGCUGGGGAAUGGGCCCUGGGCUGGGAGGGGUGGAAGCCUGGGCCUAGCGGGGAGGCCCCAGUGGGUGAGGAAGUCGGUGGCUCGAACAGGAUGGGGCAGCUGCUAUCAGGAGGGAAUGGAAGCAGGGAAGAGCUCCAGCCCUGGGCUUCAGACCUCCAGAAGCGGCAGGAAGAGGGGUGAUAACAGUGCCCCUCCUUGCUUCGGGGUCAUUUAUUUAUUCAUUCAUGCAUUCACUGCAAGGCCUUUGCACAGGUCAGGGGAUGCAGAAAUGACCAGAACAUGAGAUCUGUAGCAAAGAUGGGCAAGGCAGGCCUUUAGGCAAGUUACUACAGUCACACGAAGGACAGGAGAGCUGUGAUCACAGAGCUCAAGGGGCAGUGGAGAUGGGCGAGUGGCUGCCAUGGCAGGGGAAGGGAUGCUGUCCACUGGCAGGGCAUCAGGAAAGGCUGUUUUUGGAUGCAUGGACCAGAAAGCCACUCUCUGAGGUGGCCCCCACCUGCGUCAUCCUAGGGCCACAGGCCGAGGCCUUCUGAGGGGCCUUGGGGCCGCCCCGCUGCUCUGCUGGUCUUGGCUCCUCUGCAGCACCUGCUUCCUUUAGCACUGGUGAAUGAUUCUUCCUCUUCCCGUCUCUCAGGGAAGCCUUGCCUGCUUCCAUGCUUGCAUGCUGGAUGAGAAUAAAGCAUUCUUGGUUCUUCACCUUGGCUUUCAGACCUGAAACCCGACUUCCUUUCAA